AUGGGAGACCACAGGCUGCCAGGGAACCAGGCCCGGCGGACACUAAAGCCAACAUCUCAGGACACGACCAGCAAGUCUGUGUGGAAGGACUCUUCCAAGUGUUUCUUAAAGCACAAGAAAGAGCAGCUAAGGUUGCCCACCUCCGUGGAGGGUCAACACCGACUCUAUGUUAAGGAACGGCCAGAUGACCUCAGGAAAGUUGGGACACCAACUGAGGGGCUGACUCCACACAGCAGCGUUGAGAAUACCUUUUUCCCUACCAUUUCUCGCGGAAUUCCCAGUCCCGUCGCCAACAAGAACCAGAGAAAGCUGCCUGAGGACUCAGGACUGUAUCAUCCACUUUUGCCAGUCCAGCAAACACGUAGAACUUUCUGGGACGACAUAGGUAUGCGCCAGAAUCAACAUCUGCUGGCUCCUUGGCCUCGAGGAGAAGAGAAUUCUGCAGACAUAUUAAUCAAAAUGCUGGAAACACCAAAACCUAACCGUAUGAUGGAGAACAAGUGGCCGUAUUGGGAAGAUCACAGGGAAGCAACCAAGCAGCCCAUCAACUCUGGCAAACAGUCUCAAGGAAAAUCAGACCUGGAACCUCACAAGCUUCCCUGGUCAUGUGAAGGCAGCUGGCUCCAUGACGGCAAACACAGGGGACAGGACAUGCUUAGCUCUAUUUAUUAUAAAUAUAUAUACAAAGGAGGGGAUGACAUCUGUGAAUGGGCUGAGCCUUGUCGAGAUUCCAUGCAACAAAUUGACAUCGGAUAUGAAAACCAGCCAAGCUAUGAAGAAUCACUUGUCAAGAAAACUGAUCUGCCUUCAUUUGAUCUCAAGUAUGGCAGGAAAACUAACAAAGUGAAGGACAACAAACUCUCCAAACAGGACUCCAACUUUGUUAUAAAGCUCCAAAACCCACAAGACCCUCAAAAAGCCACCAAGGAGAUUAGGUAUGAAUCACCGUGCCUGAAAAAUAACCAGUGGAAAACACUAGGAAAUGAAGACCCUGUAACAGAUCCCAGUGAACUUGAACUUCAAGGUGAAAACAUUGGUAAUCCAGAAAUCACUGAGGAACCUUAUGAGCCAACUGACUGGAAAUACUUCAUAAGCAAGGAUGACAAUUCUGCACUAAGCACUUUCGAGCAAAUGUUUAUGCGUAACGGAUGGGGUUUUGAAAGUUCUACUCCUGCAUCAAGCAUGUUUAAAGAUUAUUAUUGGAUCACAGAUACAUAUGAUGAUGAUGAUGAUGAUGAUGAUGAUGACGAUGACGACGAUGAAGAGGAAAACGUGAAGGAACAGAAGAAAAAAAAUAACUAGAUGGCUUUCUAGUUGUGACUAUUAUAUUGGCUAUAUCUCUCAUUUUAUGGAUCAACCAAAUUAUAUAUCAUUACACACAAAUAAAAUUCUACAUCAUGAAAUCAUUCUAAUUGAACAUCUGCCUUGCCUUCACGAAUGUGUUAUGUACUUUAUCAACUAUGGGAUGAAUAUUCACAUGUACUUUUUCCACAUUUUUGUAGCAUUGAAGAAAUUAUAUCAUUACAUGGAUCAAUAAUAAUAAUGCUCAAAACCAUUCAAAACAACACUUAGUCAAAAGAAGAUCCAGUGAUGACACUAACAAUGCACAGGAUGUCUCAAAACAUCACAAUUGCACAGGACAAAGGGAAACUCAAACUACUUUCUGUGGAUUAAAACUUAAUGAAAUAACUGUAGCAAUUAUUUUGUCAACCAAAAAAAUU